CUUUAGUUGUUCAUUAAGGGACGCAAUUAGUACAGAAUUUCUUUGCACCGUCAUGUCGUUUGGAAAAAAAGCUGCUGAAAGACUUGCCAACAAAAUCAUUCUUAUCACCGGGGCUUCGUCUGGUAUUGGUGAAGCUACAGCUAGAGAGUUUGCAUCUGCUGCCAAUGGGAAUAUCAGAUUGAUUUUGACAGCCAGAAGAAAAGAAAAGUUGGCUCAAUUGUCAGACUCAUUGACCAAGGAAUUUCCAACUAUCAAAAUCCAUUCUGCCAAAUUGGAUGUGACCGAACAUGAUGGCAUCAAGCCUUUCAUUUCUGGUUUACCCAAGGAUUUCGCCGACAUCGAUGUGUUGAUCAACAAUGCUGGAAAAGCUCUUGGAAAAGCAUCUGUUGGUGAAAUCAGUGACAGUGAUAUCCAAGGCAUGAUGCAAACGAAUGUCUUGGGACUCAUCAACAUGACUCAGGCUGUGAUUCCCAUUUUUAAGGCUAAAAAUUCUGGAGAUAUCGUCAACAUCGGUUCGAUUGCUGGAAGAGACCCUUACCCUGGUGGAUCGAUCUACUGUGCCUCCAAGGCUGCUGUUAAGUUCUUCUCGCAUUCUUUGAGAAAGGAACUCAUUAACACCAGAAUCAGAGUUUUGGAAGUUGAUCCAGGUGCUGUGUUGACCGAGUUCUCUUUGGUUCGUUUCCACGGUGAUCAGGGAGCUGCUGAUGCUGUUUAUGAAGGUACCCAACCUUUGGAUGCCUCUGAUAUCGCAGAAGUUAUCGUGUUUGGUAUCACCAGAAAGCAGAACACCGUCAUAGCCGAAACCUUGGUAUUCCCAAGUCACCAGGCUUCUGCCUCUCAUGUUUACAAGGCUCCUAAGUAGACAAUUUCAUAUUAGUAUUUUUGAUAUAUUUAUAUCUAAAGAAUGGACCGUAUCUAG